GUAACUCUAGAUUAUUAAGAUGUUUAUCUCAUAUACAACUUCAAAAUCCUCCAAUGCUUAGAUCACACUUCUCUUUCAACUUUUUCUUCAACGUCACAUUAAUCGCCUGGAUUAAAUUCCGCUACCGUACAAUAAAAUGCAAAUUAUCCGUGCAAAAUGAUAAGGCGUUUUUUGGAAAGAGAGACUUUAAAUAGCCGUUAUGCCUUCCAAAGGCUCAGGAGCCGCUGGAUUUGGGUAUAUAUCCGUCUUCAACCAGUUCGCUAGGCCAUGCUUUGCCGGGGCCUUCACUCGGCCCACACAUGUCCUCCUUUGGGCUUCACAGUUCCGGAUUGGGACAUUCGGCACAUGGAAAUCUUGGAAAUACGGGCGCUACACAAGGAAAUAUUUCUGGGCUCAAAGAAGAAGACAAAAGUGAACAACCUAAAGACACACAAUAUAUUGGAGCAAACUGUGUUUUAAUGACAUAUUACAGUGGGGAUAUAAGUUCAAAUGUGGAUGAACAUUUUUCUCGUGCAUUGAGUCAACCGAGCAGUUAUAGUCCUGACGGAAAAGUUAGUAAAGAUCCAUCAUUAAUGUGUCAUAGAAAAUUCCCUGCAUCAUUUUGGAACAGUAACUAUUACGGUCCAGGCUCAUUCUAUUCCGACUUCCAGUUCCCAUCCGGACACUAUUCAACUUCAUCCAUUCCUGGUUUCUCUGGGUUCCAAGACCCAUGGUUUUCAAGAUUUUCGUCGCAAUCCCACACUUUUCAUCAUCGGCCAAUGCACUAUGACUUUCCAUAUUCUUCUAUGAGUGCCAGCAGAUACAAUUCAAACAUUGGCUCACUGUUGUUGCAGUCAGCACGCUCAGGUCAUUUCCCCGGAAGUGAUUACGGAAAAUCAGCUGACACUAAGUUCCGUUAUCCCGACUACAGACUCGGCACAGACUACCCUUCACAAAACUCAUUUCCCGGUUUGGAAGCAACGGCAACGGAGACGACGGCCGGUCGAGAUCUUUAUCUAUACUGAUAAAAGGAACCAAUGUGCAGACACGGCAAUUUAACUGUCAGUAAAAUCAAAGGUUUCACAUGUUAUCGUCUUACAAACGAUGAUGAUAUUGAAGCAGAAAUGAAAAAGACAACUUAAGUAUAAGUUAGCCCGAACGGACUUUGUAAUGCACUGCAAAGGGUUUCAAGAUAUAGACAUAGUACUUCAGCUGUAUGAUAUAUUUCUUAACUCUAAACGUAUCAUAUAAGUGUGAAUGCUGGAUGCAUGUUCUAGCAAAGGCGCUGUCACAUCAGCUGAGACAAAUGAAAUGUUGCAAGAACAGGGCUUUUACUGUAUGUUCCUAAAUUACGUGUUGACCUAUAAGAAAAAGUAAUGAUAAUCACGGUUUAAAACACGACACCUGUAUUUGAAAUACUUAUUUAAUCUGUACAUUUACAUAGUUUUUCAGUUAUAUACUAUGGUUAUAUAAAGAAGCAAAUGCGCAUGCACAGAUUUGUAUGCAUAUGUUGUAUGAUACGAUUCAUUUUAAUAUGCAUGUAUUAUAAUUAUAAUACUAUGCAAUAUGAAUGUAUUUGUUGUGCUUUGGACAGCAACCAUUGAUUGAAAUGUGUGCAUGUUCUUGUUCACGUCAAUAACAUUAAUUCUAAGUGUGAUAAAUGAUAAAAUUAUAUAUAUAUAUAAAUUGUACAUAUGUAAAUUAUAUGACAUUGUUGAUAGAGUAAAUUAUAAAUAAAUAUAUGCAAUAAUA